AUGGAACCUUUCCAUGGGCCUGAUGAAGUUGAAAGUUAUAGAAGAAGGUUAGGCAUCCUUAAUUCAAUGGUUAAUAUGUCAGAGAAGAUUUGGAUUUCUUGGACUGAUGAUUGGCAAGCUCAGGUUAUUAUGGAUUCAAUGCAGCAUGUGACUCUUAAAAUGACUCAUGUCAACUUGCAGCAAGAAGCUUUUGUCACUAUUGUCUAUGCUAAAUGUACCGCUAUAGAAAGGUUGGAGUUGUGGGAUUCAAUUUUCCAAGCUACACUGAACAUUCAAGGACCAUGGAUAGUAGGGGGAUACUUUAAUGUAAUUCUAAAAGCUGAUGAGAAACUAGGGGGUCUUCCUAUUCAUCUGUCUGAAACUGCUGACCUUUCUCACUUUGUUAAUAACUGUGGUCUGAUGGAACUGAAAUACUCUGCAAAUCCAUUUUCUGAAUUUCAAGCUAAAAUGAAAAAGGUGAAAAUGGCUUUGGCAAAGUGGAACUUACAUAAAGCUCAGGCUGAGUUAACUAACAACUUGCACCUUGAAGAAGCAUGUUGGAAGCAGAAGUCUGGUAUGAGGUGGUUCAAGGAUAGUGAUAGAAAUACUAAGUUCUUUCACUACUAUGUCAAAGGAAGGAGGAAGAAAUUGUCUUUGCAGAGGAUCCAAAAUAGUCAAGGGGAUUGGAUUUCCUCUAAUGAUGAUAUAGGGGAGGAAGCAGUUACGUUUUAUCAAGAUCAGUUUAGACAGCUGGAUACAAGCACUGAGUAUGAGAUGUUGAAGAAGAUUCCUGCUCUAAUCUCUACAGAACAAAAUGAGUCACUUAUUGCUCUCCCUAGUAAUGAAGUAGUCAAGCUAGCAGUCUAUGGUCUGAAUGGUGACAGUACAAGUGGUCCUGAUGGUUUCUCAGUCCAUUUUUUCCAGGUUUGUUGGCAUAUUAUAGGGGAAGAUGUCACUAAAAUGGCUAGAGCAUUCUUUUAUGGGCAAGACUUGCCUAGAUUCAUAAAUCACACUAAUCUUGUCCUAAUUCCUAAGAAGGAAGUGGUCAAUACAUUUACAGACUUGAGACCAAUAAGCCUUAGCACUUUUGCUAACAAGUCAUCUCCAGAGUCUUGCAUGAGAGGAUUGUGA